AAGGUGGUGUAAGUGACUGGAAGAAUCUUUUCACUGAAGAUCAGAAUGAGAAAAUGGACAAAGCAUUUGAAGAACAUAUAGCAGGAACGAAACUUGGGAAAAAGUUGAAGUAUGACUUGUACUGCAAAGCCUGAAGAGAAAUGAAAUGUGGUUAGAAUAAGAACUUUGCAAGGCAGACUCAGAUGAUCUAAAUGCUAUACACUGGAAACCUAGAUCAAAUGAUCCAACCACCAUACGAUUACUCUACGAGUCAUUGUAGCAGCCUUUACAGUGACACUGAUGAGUGAUGAGCAUUUUGUUUUGUGGUGAGAUCUAUAGCUGCACCCAUUUCCUGAAGAAGAUGUCCACUAAUGAUAUUUACAAAUACUCAACAGCCUUUUUCCAGCUGUCACCUGCAAGGAAAUUCUUCUUUUCUUUCUAGACGAAUCCUGUCUGUGUAGCUGCUUUCUAAUUAUUUAGUAUGCAGAUUAUUUUUUCUUCAAAAAUGUUUCCAAUCAGUCAACAUCUUCACAGAAAAUAUCACUAGCAAAAACAGGGAUAUAACAGAAGUCUAACAAACAAGAUCAUCCAUGAAUUCGGCACAAAUUUUAUCAAAGCUAGAGAAAGGAAAAAGAAGGGGAAUAUGGAUCAGUGUUUGUAGGGCUCUUCAUCUCUCUGAAUGCAAAAUACCAAGAUGGAUUUUGGAUAUGGUCAGAAAUUAAGAGGCAAGAUUCAGUCAGAGGCACUGCUUUUUAUAGGAUCACAGAGCAGCCCAGGUUGCAAGAGACCUUGAGAAAUCAUCUGGCACAACCUUUCAUGGGAAAGGAAGCCUGGAUGAGGCUAAAUAUCUAAAUAUCAUAUCUUGAAAUCUCCAGUGAUGAGGAUUCUACCUCAUUUCUGUAGGCAUUGUUCCAGCAAAUGGUUGUUCUUGCUGUGAAGAACUUACUUCAUUUAUCAAGAUUAAACCUCUCCUGUUGCAACUUGACCUCACUGCCUCCUUUCUUCUGCAUGUGUUUUCUGCUGAAUAGGGAGCCAAUAUCCUCUUUGCAGCUGCCCUUUAAGCACUGGAAACUGUAAUGUGGGUGUCCCUGAGCCUUCUCAACUUUGUGGUCCUGCCUUGGAACCUCUCUGCUUUCUUUGUGUCAUUCUUGAAAAUGCUUCUAUUAAGACAGUGGUGUUCUCAAGAGUGAUGGUGUGAGACAUUGCUCUACCUAGAUCUCUUUUACUGCCAUUGGGAUUUCCCUCACUAAACACAGUAUUUUAGAUUUUUCAAGGCACCUCUUCUGGAAAACAAAAAAAAGUCAAAAUAAGGUUCUGCAAGUAUAGUUGGAUUAAAACCAGGAAAAGUCCCAGCCAACUCAUUGAUCCAUCAACUGAGCAGCUAAGGUGUAAAAAUAAAAGAUGGAGUGUGAAAGAAUGAAAUACUGAAAGAUUUUUUGCUUCAUUCUUCUAAAGUUGGUUGGUUCUGCUUGGACAUACAUGGACAUGCAGUGUUUUGGAAAGAAAUUGGAAUGCUAGAAGUAACAACACUUCGAAUAUUUAGAAAAGAAAUGAAUGGAUUCAAAAGCAGAGCAGCAGAAAGUCCUGUGGCAAGGCGUCUUUGAACGACUGCAAAUUAUCUGUAAGAACCAGAAAGGUACCAGAGGAGAACUCCAUAACAGCAGCGUUUAAAAACUUGAGAUGGAAGAAUCAGAAUAGAACAGACACUUUAACUUGAUACAGGGAAAUGUAGUAGCAAAAAUGACAAAGCAACUGACCAUGGAACAUUUUGAAAAAAAUGAAAUAGUAAAUAAAAAUUAUGAUAAAGAA